AUGUCGCUGAAAAGCGAAGUAACAGAUCUGAAAUCACAGCUACGUCAGCUAGCUGGAAGCAGAGCUCCAGGAGUCGAUGAUUCAAAGCGAGACCUCUUCAAGAAAGUAAUAUCUUACAUGACUAUCGGCAUCGACGUCUCAUCUGUAUUCGGAGAGAUGGGCAUGUGCUCUGCCACGUCAGACAUCGUCUUGAAGAAGAUGUGUUAUCUUUACGUUGGUAACUAUGCCAAGGGGAGUGGGUUAAAGGAUAAUAGUAGCUAUGUGAGAACAAUUGCUGUGACUGGAGUGCUAAAACUGUAUCAUAUCUCGGCUUCGACUUGUAUUGAUGCUGAUUUUCCUGCUAUGCUGAAGAGUUUGAUGCUUCAUGAUUCAGAUGCUCAGGUAGUUGUUAAUUGCUUGUCUGCACUUCAAGAAAUUUGGAGUUUAGAAGCAAGCCAUUCUGAGGAAGCAUGCAGGGAGAAAGAAUCCUUGCUUAGCAAACCAGUUAUUUAUUAUUUCUUGAAUCGGAUCAAGGAAUUCAGUGAAUGGGCGCAAUGUCUUAUACUUGAGUUGGCUGUAAAAUAUGUGCCGUCAGAUGGUAAUGAUAUUUUUGAUAUUAUGAAUCUGUUGGAAGAUAGGCUUCAGCAUGCCAAUGGGGCUGUUGUCUUGGCGACAGUCAAAGUAUUUCUGCAGUUAACACUCUCCAUGACUGAUGUUCAUCAACAGGUAUAUGAGCGUAUUAAAUCCCCACUUCUGACUCUUGUCAGUUCUGGAAGUCCAGAGCAGUCGUAUGCAAUCUUGAGCCACCUUCAUCUUUUGGUUGUCCGUGCGCCAUUCAUCUUUGCCUCAGACUAUAAGCAUUUCUACUGCCAGUACAAUGAACCCUCAUAUGUCAAAAAGUUAAAGCUUGAGAUGUUGACUGCUGUUGCAAAUGAGAGCAACACUUACGAAAUUGUGACGGAACUAUGCGAGUAUGCUGCAAACGUUGAUAUUGCAAUUGCAAGGGAAUCAAUUCGAGCAAUUGGAAAGAUUGCUUUGCAGCAGUAUGAUGUUAAUGCUAUCGUUGAUAGACUUCUUCAAUUUCUGGAGAUGGAAAAGGACUACGUCACUGCUGAAACUUUGGAUAUGAGUGAUGCUCCUUAUGUUUUGGAGAAUCUGAUAGAAAACUGGGAGGAAGAGCAUUCGGCUGAGGUUAGGUUGCAUCUCCUAACUGCAGCAAUGAAAUGCUUUUUUAAGAGGCCACCUGAGACUCAGAAAGCCCUGGGAAUAGCUCUAGCUGCAGGGAUUGCUGACUUUCACCAGAACGUGUUGUUAGUCCUCCAAAACAGGCGGUUUCAGUCUUUGAUGACACUCAAAGCAGUGAUCAAAGACCGUAUAUUUGACGAGUUCAACAGCCUUUCUGUGCUCUACCAGAAGCCAUCUUACAUGUUCACAGAUAAGGAACACCGAGGCCCCUUUGAGUUUUCAGACGAAAUUGGAAACAUGCCCAUCACACCUGAAGCCUCCAGUGACAUUGUUCCAGCUCAGCAAUUUGAGGCAAAUGACAAGGACCUGCUUCUGAGUACUGACGAGAAGGAUGACAACAAAGGAGUUUCCAAUAAUGGUUCUGCUUACACUGCCCCUGCAUAUGAUAACUCUAAUAUAUCCUCACAAAUGCAAGAACUUGCAAUCUCCGGCCCCGCCACAUCCGCAACUACCCCACAAUCUAGCUUUGAUCUUGACGAUCUCUUUGGUUUGGGUUUAUCAGCAGCUCCUACUCCAACACCAUCACCGCCUCUUUUAAAACUUAACCCAAGAGCUGCUCUAGAUCCAGGCGCCUUCCAACAGAAAUGA